AUGGGUUGUGGGGAAUCAAAACACGAUGUUGUCACCGACAACACCAUCCUCCGCAAGAAACCUAAUGCCAAUUCCAAUUCCAAGAACAGCAAAGACAUAGAAAUUGUCACAGAAACAAACACCAAAGAUAGCACCACGAACUCAUCGGUGCAAAAACCGGAGAAGGUGACUAAAGAAGACAAUAACAAGGAAAUUAGUGGUGCAAUUGAAGCUGGUGAUGCUAAGGUCAUAGGUGAAAACAAGACUGUGAAGGAAGGAGAUGACAAAGAAAUAGAUAAAGGGAAAGAAGGUGGUGAUGAAAAGCAAGAGGGAGAGAGAUUUAUAUCCCAUGACUCACCAAACCAUUACUUUUCAUCAAGGAAAGAUGAGGAAGCAGUGGAAGGGAUUAUUUCUGAUGCCAAGUCUGAGUAUGACUCUCCACAUGCAGCAGAGAAGGAAGAUUUGUUGAAUGAGAAUGUGAGAGCUGAUAAUGCAGUGCAGGAGAAAGUUGUGGCUAAUGAAACAAAUGCAGAAAAGAAAAAUGGAGAGGCCUUAAACGUGAAGGAAGAGAAUGUGGUCAAGAAAGCAGAACCGGAGGCAACUGUUGAAGCAAAAGUUUCAAGUCCUGCUACAGAAGAGAAGGAUAAAAAAGCUGAGGAAAUUAAGGCUGAUAUACCAACCAAGGAUAAGGACACAAAGUGA